UGAAAGCAAGAUGGCGAGUGUCUGAAAACAGUUUCUCUCCUCAGAAAAAAUGAUUUGCAGAGGCAAAUACGAUGGAAUGAGAUGUGGUCCUGAUCUCUCGUCGUUUGUUGCGAGACCAUGGCCAACAAAAAGAUAGACAUUAACAGGUGUAGCGUAGAAGACCUUGAACAACUGCCAGGUAUCGGACGUCACAAGGCAGAGGCUAUAGUCAAACAGAGGAAGGCUAUCCGAGGGUUUAGCUGUGUAAAUGAUCUCCACAACAAGGUACCAGGUGUAGGGGCAUCAACAGUUGAACAGAACAGGGGACUUCUCGUCUGUGAGGUGACCACACCUAGAUCCAGACGUACUAGCAGAGGUGGUAGGAGGACACGUCAUGACUCAUCAACAGCAUCUGGGCCAGAGGUAGUGACACCCUCCCCCAAACCAUCCUCGAGUGGAGUGACCCCCCGCCUGGGGUCUCGUCAGGGCCUGAGGCAGCGGUCGCGGGGAAUCAUUGCUCCACCCGAUCUACCCACUUCAAGUUCUGCUGCUGACAGUGUGGCUAGCCUCACUCCCAGGCAUGACGACACAAGUCGCAGUGCUGUGCUGGACUCGCUUAGCGACAGCCACAUGAGCGAGGAUGGCGGCUCUGGUGAAGAAGAUGGUGGCUCCGAUGACGAGGAUGCCGUGGAGGAUGAUGAUGAGGAUGAAGAUGAUGAAGAGGAGGAAGAAGAGGCUUGGUUUGGUGAUACAUUAUCGGAUGAGGAGACGUCCCAGGACAAUUCAACAUCAUUCCCAUUCCUGUCCUCCUCGUUAUCAUUAUCCCUGGCGGGGUCGUCCUCCGCCAGCUCCACCCCAGGGCCGUACCGCUCGCGUAUACCUAUCCCUAUCUCUGGCUCAUUCGGCAAACACAUUAUGAAGCGCAAGUGCAGCAGCAGCAGUCGGGAUGAACUAGUCCAAGGGAAGCGUAUGCGGACAACAGAUGAUGUCAGUGCGUUCUCCGUGCUGAUGAAGACUGUUCGCCACCAGUACAAGAGCGGCCAUAGACCUCGAAUCCCAUCCAAGGAACAUCCGCCAGCCAGAUUGUCAGAAUGGCUUCAAAUCUUUCAGACGUGGAGUAACGCAGAGCGUAUGAUGGCACUUGAUGAACUUAUCACUAUUUGUGAACCAACUCAAGUUAGACAUAUGAUGCAGGUCAUUGAACCCCAGUUCCAAAGAGAUUUCAUUUCUCUACUGCCAAAAGAGUUGGCACUGUAUGUGCUGUCAUUCCUUGAACCCAAGGCGUUACUGAAGGCUGCUCAGACCUGUCAGUACUGGCGUCUCCUGGCCGAGGAUAAUCUUUUGUGGAGGGAGAAGUGUCGAGAUGAGGGCAUUGAUGAAAAUCUAGUUUAUGGACCAAACCGAAUAAGGCGCAAACGCUGCCCAUGGAAGGCCCUAUACAUGAGACAACAUCAAAUCGAACUGAACUGGAGAUGUGUAGAACUUAGGCAACCCAAGCUAUUGAAAGGACAUGACGACCAUGUAAUAACGUGCCUGGAGUUCUGUGGAAACAAAGUGGUCAGUGGAUCCGACGACAACACACUAAAGGUGUGGUCAGCCCUCACAGGAAAGUGCCUGAGAACAUUGGUCGGUCACACAGGAGGGGUAUGGUCUUCACAAAUGUCUGGCAACAUUGUGAUCAGUGGCUCAACAGACCGGACACUUAAAGUUUGGAAUGCAGACACAGGAAACUGUAUCCAUACCUUAUAUGGGCAUACUUCUACAGUGCGGUGUAUGCACCUCCAUGAUAAUGUUGUUGUGAGUGGGUCGCGGGACGCCACACUACGAAUGUGGGACAUUGACACUGGUCAGUGUCUACAUGUCCUCAUGGGUCAUGUGGCAGCAGUUAGGUGUGUCCAGUAUGAUGGACGUCGAGUGGUCAGUGGAGCCUACGACUACAUGGUGAAAGUCUGGGACCCAGAGACCGAGACCUGUCUACAUACAUUACAGGGUCACACAAACAGAGUCUAUUCUCUACAGUUUGACGGUAUCCACAUAGUGAGUGGCUCCCUGGACACGUCCAUCCGUGUGUGGGAUGUAGAGACAGGUAACUGUCUACACACACUUAUUGGUCACCAGUCGCUGACCAGUGGUCUGGAACUCAAGGAUAACAUUCUAGUGUCUGGUAACGCUGACUCAACGGUCAAGGUUUGGGAUAUUACAACUGGCCAGUGUCUUCAAACAUUACAAGGCCCAAACAAACAUCAAAGUGCUGUGACUUGUCUACAGUUUAACAAACGCUUUGUCAUUACGUCCUCUGAUGAUGGAACAGUGAAAAUUUGGGACCUUAAAACAGGAGAGUUCUUACGCAACCUGGUGGCUCUAGAAAGUGGGGGAAGCGGGGGUGUUGUGUGGAGAGUUCGUUGUAGUAACACAAAACUUGUGUGUGCUGUAGGCUCUCGUAAUGGCACCGAAGAAACAAAAUUGUUGGUAUUAGAUUUUGAUGUGGACGACAAAAAAAUCAGUGUAUGAAUACAAAUCCAUAUAGUGCUGCAGAGAAUCAUGCCAAAAGAACCUAGAUUGGGAUGUUCUCGUCAAUUUGUGGAUGUCUACGGAUACUGAGAAUUUGAAUGUCCUUGUGAAUCUGUGAUUUAGUGAUACAGCGAGGAUAGGCCAUCAACCAUCUUUGUGAUAGUAAAACAACAGUUGAAUCUGCAUGUUAAUGAAUAACCGGUAGUAUCGUAUCCUGAACCCACCUCAAAAAUGCCAAAUAACUGGGAGUACAACUCCACACCUACUGGUAGUCUGGUCAGUGACAUCACCAUGGUGAUAUGUUGUAAUGGUGAUGAGUGUGUGCUUUAUAUAGAUGCUGUUAUGUACAGGACAAUCACUGGUUAAACAAUAUUGUAUUAUUUUAGUGAAACAAAUACAUAUCAUUGGAGCAUAUUCAUGUUAUAGAAGUCCAUUCAUAGUUUCAAAAUUUUGAGUACAUGAAAAUAGUAGAUGAUGUAAGUGAUGGGUGGGAUUUGUAGUAUAUAUGGGGUUUUAAAAGUUCGAAAUUUUUAAGUGUUAUGCAUACUCCAUCAGAAAUCCCUUAAAUGAAUAAGCAUAUCACAAUCAGUUGGUGAAAAUAUUUCAGUACCAAUCUGUUAUUUACUGAUAAAGUACUAUUUCAAUCUGUUUUAUUUUAAAAUAUCUGUACAUUCCAUUUCAAUGUAAGUCAAGGGUAAAGGAUAAUAUGAAAAGUUUGUUUGACAAUGACAAGUUUUAGAAAAAAAAGGGAAAGAUACAUAUAUUGUGUAUAAUAUUUUUUCCAUACACCGGCCAGUUAUAAGCAAGAUAAUUGACAUGAGUAUUUAUCAAAAUCAAUUGACAUAAGAACAUACAUGGGCAGGACUUUGUAACUGUGGUAACAGAAUAUUACCAGCUAGAAUGGCUUUAUAAUUAAUUGGAGGAAAUGUAUGCCUGCUAAUUAUGAAGCUUUGAAUUGCCAAGCCUUGCAAAUAAAAGGCAAUCAAGACGUACAUGUUUUAACCCACAAAAUAAGUUUCAACCAAUUGAAUAAACUUACAUGUGUCCACCUUACCAGUCAGCUGUACAUGUUCAUUUAUUCAUUAAGACCAAUUCAAGCAGGGGCUUGUAUAAAACUAAAUAAGUGUGAGGAAUUUCUUUAAUUUUGUGCUAUUUAUAGAUAUUUAUGAGAUUAUUUGUAAUGUAUUGUCUAUACAGGAUAUCUAACAAUAUUCUUUGGUUAUAUUUUCUAUUAUUUUAGUAUACACUCCAGCAUUGAUCAGCCGUGGAAUGAUUGUGUACACAACUUCUUCAGAUAAUUAUUGUACAUGCCUGAUGCCAUUUAAAUAUGGUCUCGUAAAAUUUGAUCUACAUUUCGUAUAUUGUUACCAAAGUUAGUGUAGUAGGUCAGAGUAGACUGUCAUGUUCCUCGGACAGGCUGUCAUGUACCUGUGUAAUAUGACAUUUUACUUUUAAUUCUACACAUUGUCGUAGAAAUACUUUGAGAGAUAUACACGACUUCUCAAAAUCUAAAAAGACAAAUUAUAACAUAUUUAUGUAGAUGAUAAAGAAAUUUUGUUAAAUUUUACAGGAUUCUGUAAAAUCUGAAAAAUUUAUAUGAUGUAACUUAAUAUAAAUCACUUGAUGAAGAAUAAUCCGUUUAAUAUCAUGUGCCGAGAAAGGCAUCCUUUUUGCUUCAACAUUUGGUUAAAAAUUAAACUUCAAGAAAUAUGAAUUCGAGGAAAUAACAGCCUUAACAAUAACUGGUCUCCCAACAACAUUUAAAUGAUAAUUCUGUGAUCCUGAUUUAUCGUAGGUGUGGGGAUGUGAACACUCAGUUUUCAGAUUUCAGAAUGAAUGAGAAACUAGGUCUGUUUUAAAACUUAAUGAAAAGUCAGGAAUCAUUAAUUAGAAAAAUUUAGUCUGCAUCCUGGAAAAAAGUGUCUUUCAAAUAUAUGUCUUGGAGCAGAUGGUGUUUGUCAUCCCCAAGAGAAUAUUUUGAGGUAUUAGUUUGGUGUGUUUGUAUUCUCGGUAUUAAUUGUGAUUGUAUAACCCUUACUAGUCAUUCUAACCAGUCAAACCAUCUCUUUGUGUUCCUUUUCUUGUAUUAAUUGUAAAUUUUAUGUUACAUCAUUCAAAUUGUUGUACUCUACUGGAUUAAUUUUUUUCUUUGAAGAUUCAGUAUUCUUCGAAUUCUCUGUAGUCUCUGUAUGGUCUAAUGAGUUGGGUUUUUUUUUUUGCAUUUGGAAUAAGAUUAAGAAAUCAAGGUAAAUUAUGACAUCAAAAUUUGUGUUACAGUGUUGGACUGGUCAGUCUAAUUCCUUGUAAAGCAUCAAUCAUUGGAAACAAGCUAUAUCAGAUUUUCAACUUUCAGUACUCUCAGUACUUUGAUUCAUUAUACAGUGUAACAUUUAACCUCAUUUUUCUGACAUGUGCAAUUUCUUUGGUUUAUAAAUGUUUUGAUUUGACUUGGUGCCUUGAGGGUAGCAAAUCAGUCUUGAAUAGAAAGGUUCGUGUAAGAAUAUAGAAAAUGUGUUUUAUUAAACUUUGUUCAAAUUAAGAUGAACUUACUUUGAAAUUAUUUCUUUAUCCUCAAAAUCCCUGUUUUAAUUUGCAUGUUUUAAACAUGCAUCAUUUAUGUUUGGAAUCUGUAAUACUAGUUUGAGGUAUCACUUAAGCAAAGUCUGAAGGAACUCGUUCAUUGGGAUGUGAUUUCCUGUUUUAAAAAUGAUAUAAACUUGAUUUACUGUUUAUAGGUUAAGAUGUUAUGAUAUUGUAAGUUUGUGUAAAUACAUGUGUACGUAUGUGUGUGCGCAAAUAAUUGCAGCAGGUGCUAUACUUUAAAAAUUAUCACAUUUAUAAAAUGUUAAUUCUCACAGGUAUUUGUGAUUAUGAUGUGUUGCUAAAUGAUUUCAAGAUUUCUUUUCGUUUUUUUUUUUUUCAAAGAAAAAAUAAACAAAAAGUAAAGUAAUUCAUGUGAUGUUGGACAACCUCCACACUUAGGCUACAAAGUGAUGAGGCUAGGCUCCUAAACUUGUUCCAGAUUAUAAUAAUAGUUUAUUGACCUUAUUUGAUUUUUUGUUUAUCUCACUAAGCCCAGUGUUAUUUUGUAGAGUUACUUUCCCAUUUUAUGUGAAGAUCCAUUUACACCUGUGACACUCUGUUUCCCCUGAAGAGGCAUGUGUGUGUAUACAAUGUUAUCUCAACCCACGUGUCUUCAUUGUAGUAUUUUGAUGUUGCCCUUAUAUAUAUAUAUAGAUAUACUGUAAUCUACCCAUGUCUUUCCAGGGUGGAGCUGUUAAAUGUAGGAUUAUCUCCCUUACAUGUUUUGAUAACUGUAGGUCGAUUAAUGAAAGUGUACUGGGUUAUUUGUGAGUAUGUUGUGAUUGUACGUUGUGUAUUGUGAUUUCAUUGUGUACAUCUAUGUCCCUUCAGGUUUUUUGUCCUACCAUUAUUUUCAUUUGUGGACAAUAUUGGUAAAUAUAGAGACAAAACAUGAACAUUACAAAUGUGGAACAGACCAGAACAUGGUCUGGAUCAUGUGUACAGCAUGUUCAUGGACAAGGCAGUAAUUUGAAGUAUUAUCGUAUUUACUUUACCGACUAUGUGCCAGUUGAAUUAUCAUCGUACAGGUGACUUAACAUGUGUCUGCAUGUGUUAGAAUGUGUUAAAAAACCGAGGUGAUAUUAUGAUGAAAUUUUAUUAUAAAAUAUGUUGAAUUGUAUCUAAAGAAAGACCCCCUGAAUUGACUUUCACAUCUUGAUCUUGUGACCAUGCAUGGUUGUUAUAAUAUCAAAACCACAGUGAACAAUUGCUGUAUUUAAAUGUGAGAAUUAUCAGUAACUCCUUUUCCUGACAACACCUCUAGCCACAAGUACCAAUACCUACAGUUGCAUUGAAAUUUGUAACUUUAACUAGUCAGACCAAAGCACAAAUAUUAAUAUCAUCUGCACAAAAUUAAACCUGAUGAAAAUAUGCCUAGCAACAAUUAUAAAAAUCUUACGUAGCUCAUUGUACCUGAUGGAAAUUAAUUUUCAGUUUAUGAAUUUAAAUAAAUUACAAACAUUUUAUUUGACAAAAAAAUGAAUGAAUUGUAUGUAUGAAGUAUGAAGUCAUUGAAUUUAGCGAAACAGAGAAUUCCAACUAUCAAUAUUAAAAAUAAUUGAUUCUGUUAUUAAACAGAGAAUUCCAACUAUUAAUAUUAAAAAAAAAAUUCUUUUUAUUGUCAAAAUAAAGGUGAAUGAAUCUAGUAAAGACAAACAUGGGCCACAUAUUUUACUAUGUUAUAUGUCUUGUAAUACAGAGAUAAUUGAGGAUGUGCCCAGUUCCUUCACAUGACUUUCUCAGAUUUAUAAGUAUUGAUCGUAAUGGAUAUGUAGUUCUAUAUGUUGUCUGACUUUCUCACCUUCCUCACCACUUGUAAAACUGUAGUGUUAGUUGUGUGAAGGUGCUGUUGGACACUCAUUCUUGUAUAGUGACAAGUACAGAAUGUGAUGGGCUGGUACAUGUGUGUGUUGGUAGUGUGUGUGUAUAUAUGUGUGGGGUGUGUAGUAAUGGUGUGUUGGUAUCAAGUGUAUAUAUAUAUCCAGUGUGGAUCCAGGCAAACCUCUUCUCGUAAAGACUUUUCUAUUCUAACUUCACCUACAUUCUGCUAUAACCUCGUUAGAAUUUUACUGAAAUGGGCAUUUGUGUAUUUAAAAAAAUAAACUAUGAAUUGGUAGCCAGUUUUAACUUUAUUUUAUUUUUUCAAAUUUAUGAGAUGGUUAUAAAAUGUUUUAGUUGCCACAUACCUAGCUCCCACCUCCUCCCCUUGUGUAUGACAUCCUGGAUCCUCACUUGUAUAUGAAAGUGUCUGUAACCAGAGAUUUAAUUAAUUCUGGUUUGCCUGUGCGUGUCUGCGUGUGAUGUCUGUAAGUGUACAGAUGUAUAGUAAGUGAGAACGCUUUAAAUGAAAGAGAGACUGUUCAAUACAUUGUGUGGUAUCCAACUUGUACAAUAAUGUAAAAGUAUAUAACACAGGAAAUACGAUACUGCAGAAUUAAAAAAAAAAUCACAACAAACAAA